AUGUUUAUGACGGGACUCAUACUGUUAGGAAAAGGUAGAGAAGUUAUGCCCGCUAAAGCUGUUCCCGCCCCGGAGUCUGCGAUCAAGCGCGCUGCCUUCAAGCAGCAGCAGACGGAGAACUUCAAGAAGGCGAUCGCUGCGAACAAAGUGGCGGCGGCUGCCCUGAAGAAACUUGCGUACAGUCGUGGUCUCAAGUACUCUCGUGAGUACCGCUCCACCGAGAAGAAGCUUGCUGGCUUGCGUCGGAACGCGAGGCAGCACGGUAACUACUACCUUGAGGCAAAACCAAAGGUAGCUGUUGUCACCCGUAUUCGCGGUAUUGCGAAGGUGCCACCAAAGCAGCGCAAGAUCCUGCAGCUUCUGAGGCUCCGUCAGAUCUUCAAUACUGUGUUCGUGCGGUUGAAUAAACCAAUGGAGAAUAUGCUCCGCGCAGUGGAGCCGUACAUUGCGUAUGGCUAUCCGUCAUUGAGUACGGUACGCGCGAUGGUGUACAAGCGUGGGCACUUGAAGAUCAACGGUCAGCGUGUGAAGAUCACCGAUAACCAGAUGAUUAAGGACAAGUACCACAACGAUGAUAUCGUCUGUGCCGAAGACAUUGUUAACCAGAUCUACGCCUGCGGUAAGCACUUCCGGACUGUGACGAAUGGUUUGUGGCCCUUCAAGCUUGCGCCCCCUGCUGGUGGCAUGCGGCAAAAGCGCCGUCACUUCGUCGAGGGUGGUGAUUACGGCAACCGUGACACAUUGAUCAACCGCUUCCUCGCGCGUAUGAUCUAA